AGAUCUUUUGCUGCUUCCACGUUUACCUCUGCUCAAGGAGUCCGACACGAUGCAAAGCUUCGAGGACGUUGAAGACCAAGAUGGCGUGCGUCUAUCGUGGAACUUUUGGCCGUCUUCACGGAUAGAAGCAACGAGGACCGUUGUCCCGAUUUCCGCACUUUACUCGCCGUUGAAGCAGAGGGAGGAUCUUCCACCAGUACUCUAUGAACCAGUUGCAUGCAAACCACCGUGUCGGGCUAUCUUAAAUCCAUUUUGUCAAAUUGACAUACGUGGAAAGCUUUGGAUCUGCCCCUUCUGCUUGCAGCGCAAUGCAUUCCCGCCUCAUUAUAAGGAUAUUUCCAACACCAAUCUCCCUCCCGAACUACUGUCCAAGUACACGACGAUAGAAUACACGCUUGCUCGUCCAGCAGUGGUUCCGCCAAUUUUCUUAUUUGUUGUUGACACUUGCCUGGACGAGGAAGAUUUAAAGGCGCUCCGAGGUGCUCUGGCAGCUGCAAUCGGUAUGCUUCCUCCCAACUCCCUUGUUGGUCUUAUCACGUUUGGCACCAUGACGCAAGUACAUGAACUUGGCUAUGCACCAUGCACGAAGUCAUAUGUCUUCCGUGGUGCAAAGGAAUACUCCCCCAAGCAAAUCCAGGAUAUGCUAGGCCUGAACCCUCAGAACCGUGCGGCUCCUCGUCCCGGACAACCAAUUCCUCAGAAUUUCGGCGCUGCGCGGUUUUUAUUACCGGUCGAGCGGUGCGAAUGGCAACUGACAAAUAUCAUUGAGCAACUUUCUCGUGACCCUUGGCCGGUGGCAAAUGAUAAACGACCCCUUCGUGCGACUGGAAAUGCGAUCAGUGUUGCCGUUGGACUUUUGGAGACGACGUUCCCGAACACGGGUGCUCGAAUUACGGUAUUCGCUGGAGGGCCUUGCACGGAGGGACCUGGUUUGGUCGUUAGCAACGAACUCCGAGAACCAAUUCGCUCUCAUCACGAUAUUGAUAGAGACGGUGCGAAGCACUUCAAGCGGGCAACCAAAUUUUACGAAGGUCUUGCCCGCAGAGCAUCGACAAAUGGGCACGCAAUAGAUCUCUUCGCCGGAUGCUUAGACCAAGUCGGUUUACUGGAAAUGAGAUCUCUAUCGAACUCAACAAACGGUGUAAUGGUUUUGUCAGACUCGUUCGCGACGACAAUUUUCAAGGAAGCAUUCUUCCGUAUGUUCGACAAAGAUGACCAAGGUCACCUCCUGAUGGGUUUCAACGCGACCUUUGACGUUCAGACGACGAAAGAACUGAAGGUAUCAGGCCUUAUUGGCCACGCGAUUUCCGCAGGAAAGAAGUCGGCUUGUGUCGGCGAGACGGAGAUUGGUAUUGGUCAGACAUCAGCGUGGAAAAUUUGCAGUCUUACCCCGCGUACGUCGAAAGCGGUCUACUUUGAAGUCGUCACUCCUGCUGGUCAGAGUCUUCCAUCGAAUUCCCGCGGACUCAUCCAGUUCGUCACCCACUAUCAGCACUCCUCUGGUCAACAACGUCUCCGCGUGACUACUGUAGCGCGGAACUUCGCCGAGGCUGGCUCUCCGAGCAUUGCAGCGUCUUUCGAUCAGGAAGCUGCAGCUGUACUUAUGGCCCGUAUCGCCGUGUUCAAAGCGGAGAUCGACGAUUCACCAGAUGUCUUACGCUGGUUGGACCGCAUGCUCAUCCGAUUAUGUCAAAAGUUCGCAGAUUAUAGGAAAGAAGACCCAACGAGUUUCAGACUCGCAGACAACUUCAGCAUAUAUCCGCAAUUCAUGUUCCAUCUCCGACGAAGCCAGUUCUUGCAGGUCUUCAAUAAUAGUCCAGACGAAACUGCGUUCUAUCGUCAUGUGCUGAACGAGGCGGAUGUGAAUAAUUCGUUGAUUAUGAUCCAGCCGACGUUGAUGUCGUAUACGCUCGACGUACCUCCUCAACCGGUGCUUCUUGAUAGCGUGUCGAUCAAACCGGACGUUAUCCUUCUCCUCGAUACGUUCUUCCACAUUCUCAUCUUCCACGGAGAAACGGUCGCACAGUGGCGCAAGGCAGGAUACCAAGAUCAAGAAGGUUACGAGAACUUUGCAGAGUUACUCGCUGCACCGUCUGAAGACGCGAAAGAACUGCUCGUUGAUCGAUUCCCUAUUCCUCGGUAUAUUGUGUGCGACCAAGGUGGUAGUCAGGCGCGGUUUUUAUUGUCGAAGUUGAACCCUUCUACGACGCAUAUGUCGGGUGGCAUGUAUGGUGCUAGUGGUGGAGCGGGACAGGCUAUCUUCACGGAUGAUGUUAGUCUGCAGGUGUUCAUGGAGCAUUUGAAGCGUUUGGCUGUCGGUGCACAGACUAAUUAGUUAUGUGUCCCCAUUAUUAUUUGAAAAUUCGUAUUCUUUAUAUUUCCGCCUUUUGUUCCUUCACGAGUAUUGCGUCGAAUAGAAAAGAACUUCAGAACUUUCAGAGAAGUGAUAACUGAACGUUCUGGAUCUUCGAACAGAGUCGAGAGACAUUCUGAACCCGCGGAAAAUGUAUGGAAGCAUUCAUUUCUCUGCUCGCUCUUGCAAACAAACUCCGAGUCGGAUGGCGCGUAUGCACGGCAGCGCUCCAAUCGGAUCAAGAAUGCAGGGAUGACUCAGUUGACUUGGCGGAGGUGGUGCAAGAAACGAGUCGUUUUUGAUAUGUUGUAAUUGUACCACUUUCAGAUUUAUCAGAUAAGAUGAAUUUAACCUUCUGACUCCAACCCAAAAAUGUCAUGAUCUUA